UGAAGACUCCUGUAUGAUUAUUAUGGCCUUGUUUUGACAGGCAGAGGCAAGAUUGGCAGCAAAGAGAGCAGCGCGGGCUGAAGCAAGAGAAAUUCGAAUGAAAGAGCUAGAGCGACAACAGAAAGAGAUCUACCAGGUUCAGAAGAAAUAUUAUGGUUUGGAUGCCAAGUGGGGUGACAUUGAGCAGUGGAUGGAAGAUAGUGAGCGAUAUUCACACAAACCACGGAGGAAUCUCCAGGCUUCAGAUGACGAUGAUCUCAUGUCUGUGACUAGCAGAAGCAGUCUUAGGACCAAUGGUUACGAGGAUGAAUUAUUUGGACCAUCACAGUAUAGGAAGUCCAGCAGGAGCGCUUAUUACUCUGACCUCAGCCUGGCCAGUGCUCCGCUCUCCUCCAAGCAGCAGCAAUCCGUACACAAUGGAAGUCGGCCUUCACUUCUGAACUGCAAUUCUUUGCCUUCCAGAUCCCAGCGGGGGUCCCUGUAUGAUGAGGGUGUCAGCAGUAGCAGCCGUCGUUCUUCCAGUUCUCGGCCUCCCUCUGAGUACAGCUGUUACCUGGGCUCUGGAUCUCGUGCCUCCUCUCGUGCCAGUUCUGCCCGUGCCAGCCCUGUGUCCUCAGAGCCUCCGGGUCCAUCUGUAUUCCAACGUGGGUCCAACAGCGCCAGUAUUCCUUCACUUAAUCACUUAGACGACGUGGCUGUUCCUGCUGUGGGCAGAGUGGAAGAAAGAUCAGACAAAGACUUUGGAGAAAAGGAGAUCAGUGAGUUGAAGGAGCAAAUUGAGGAUGUAGAAGGCAGAUACAUGCAAGGGCUAAAGGAGAUGAAGGACUCACUGGCAGAAGUGGAGGAGAAGUAUAAAAGGUCUAUGGUAACAAAUGCCCAAUUAGACAAUGAGAAAACAUCUUUACAAUAUCAAGUGGACACGCUGCGGGAAGUUCUCUUAGAGUUCGAGGAGGAACUAGCAGAGUCUCGGCGUCAGUAUGAAGAAAAACAUAAAGAGUGUGAACGGCAGAAACAUGACCAGAAUAUCCUGCGUUUUCAGCUGGCUGAGAUGAAGGAAGCAUUGGAGCAAAGAGAGUCACUCUUAACAGAGAUCCGCCAACUGCAACAAAAACAAGAGAACAGUGACCUCGAGAUCUGUGACCUCAAGGAGACCAUAGAAUGGAAGGAUAAAAAGAUAGGGGCUCUAGAGAGACAAAAAGAGUUUUUUGAGCCAGUUCGCAGUGAACGCGAUGCCCUUAGGGAGGAGGUGACCCAUCUGAGGGACGAGCUAAAGAAACACGGCAUAGCACCGGAUUCUGUGGGCACCCCCAAUGGAGACGCUUCUUUAGAACCUCAUGUAAAUGCCGAUGGCCGACCCGAUCCACCCAUAAGGGCAACAUCAAUGGGCCCCUCAGCGGAAGCAGUGGAGAAAAAAGAAACUAUGUCAGUGGUGGGUGAAAUUCCCCCAUCCAAGACUGAGCAGACCAAUCCACAAGUACUACUGACUGCUCCAUCAGAAUCACCACUAAAUGCAGAGGUUGGAGAUAAAAUGAAAGAGCAAAUCAUGCAAGAAUUUGCUCACGAUUCAAAUGACGAUGUAAAUACUGAUGGUACUCUCAGUAAAACAAAUCUAGAGCACCAGGGAGGUCUGCCACUUGAUUCGGAAUCAAUAAGCAGUGAAUGUGAAAUAAUGGAUGAACAUGCUCCAGAAAAUGUAAACAAUGAGGAUUUAGAGAUAAGUUUUUCUGAGAUGCCUAAAGAGGUAAUGGUGGAGCAGAGGGACACAAGCCCAGAAGAGAAUGAAGUCUUCCAGGAUGCUCUGGAUAAUGUUGUUCAGUCUCCUUUAGUAGCUGGUCAGUUCAUUGGAGAACAUGUAGUUUCUGUAGGUGAUUUUAGGAAUGAUGACAAUAACAUGAAG